UCUGCGUUUGCCAAACUGGAUGUCCCGGUUGUCCCCGAAAACAAAUCCACCAAGCACCGCCCCACUGACCGACGACAAAUGGCUCUACUCGGCGACGACGGUCGCGGCUACGAACUUGCCCUGCGGCUCGAAAGCCUCGGCGUUUGGCGAACGUGGCUUGGCGACUCCCUCUAUGCCUCCUUCGUUAACUUCCUUUCUUCGCCUUCCUCUUGGGAAUCAUUCAUGCGGGCUGACGAACCCAAAUCCCGUCCGCAGAUCCUCCUCCAGCUCCGGGCUCGAGCCCUCUUGUUCGAUAAAGCGAGCGCCUCUCUCUUUCGCCAAUCGAAUUCUUCUUCUUCUUCUUCUUUAACUGUUUCGAAGCUGAACCCGAAUUAUUUGCAGUUGCACGCUGAUGACAUCUACUACACACUGGAGGAUGCUGAUCAACGGCGAGACGGUGGGGUUGUGUCCAAUACGGGGCCGUCCAAGAACCAAUCUAAAUCAGUUAUUGGCGGUGGAGUGAGAUUUGGUGAAUCUGAAGUAGGUAACAUAUCUCAGAGGUUCAGGAAUGAAGAACUGCCAGAAACAUGGUACAGUCAGUUUAUAGAGAAGCAUAGAGUUAGCAGACUUGGUAGGAUAUCAUUUGGGGACAGAGAGUCCGACAAGCGCACACCUGAGGGGAUGUCUAAUUAUCUUCAACUUCUUCAACGGCAUAAGAGAAGUCGUGUAGCAUUUAGUGAAGAUCAAUAUGGGGGAUUUGGUGUCCAGGAUCCCAGUCCUGCAUUUGAUGGGGCUAAUGAUGAUGUACUAUUUUUUCCAGAAACAAUGUUUCCUUUGAACUGUGUACCGGAUACUGCACUUCCAGUGGUAACUAGAGAGCUAGAUGACCGGAAAGUGGAGUUACAUGGAGUUCUUGAUACCUUGCCUCAGGUUAUGACUAGGAGUCCUGUGAUGAUUGAGAGGCUUGGUAUUAGGCCCGAGUACCUCAGCAUGGAACAGAGAGGAAGUCUUCAUCGUGGGAAAAAUGGGUCCGAAGUCAAUAAGAAGUCUCUUGGUCCUGAGCAAGCAUCACAGAUGUCAAAAAAGGUAGUAGUUAGCAUGUUGACAGGGUUGGGGUUUGAAGGUGGUGCAGAAGUUCCAGUGGAAGUCUUAUCUCAACUCCUCAGCUGUCAUAUUUGUAAACUAGGCCGUUCCUUGAAAGUUCUUGCGGAUAGUUACAGACAGCAGUAUUCAGCACUUGAACUAAUUAAGAUGUUCCUUCAAACAGCAGGAUAUAGUAACUUGGGAGCUUUAGCGGAGAUUGUCAAGGAUGGUAGCAGGAAUUCCAUGCAACAAAGUCAGCAUGGUUUGCAGUCUCAGAUUCCAUUACAGCACGAAAAUCCCCUUCAACUACCCCCACAAAUCCAGAGACAAAUGCAUGGGCAGAUGCGGCAGAUGGUUCAUCCCCAGAGUUUGGCUCUUCAGCAGCAGCAGUUGGAGAGAAUGCGCAGGCGCCAGCCACCCACUCCUCGUCCUGCCUUGGAUACGGAUAAGGAGAGACCACCCUUGGUCCAAGUCAAGAUUGAAAACACUGAAUUGCCAAUUGAUGGUACUAUUUUCAACCCCAUGCACCCCAGAUAUCAACAAAUGCAGCAGUUAAGGCAACAGCAAAUUGCUGCAAUGUCAAAUUUCCAAGCUCAGCCCAGCAAUCAAAUUAGGCAGAUGGCAUCUCUACAAAUUCCUCAGAUGCAGACACAGAAUUUGGGCACUGUUCGGGCUCGACCCGUGAAGGUUGAAGGUUUUCAGGAACUGAUGGGUGGCGAUGCUGCAUUAAAGCAUGAUUCCGAUGGAAGCAAGCUAACCUCUCCGUCAAAUAAAUAGGUCUGUGAACAUUACCUUCUAGUUGUACCUAUUUACAGAGAUUGUUCUGACCCUGGUAGUCUUGCUAUAACUCUUUGUGCCUUUGUUCAUUCCUGAUAGAGAGGGAAAAAAGGGGUCUAUCUAUAUGCAGUCAUGCUUAUUAUGAUGUUAUGUACAGUUUGAUUGUAAAGGAGCAAUCUUUAACUUUAUUGUUUUUGUUCUGGGGCAUUAUUCCAUGGACCCACCCCAUAUGUUACAGUCUCGGCUGGUUACUUUGAACUUCAAAUACUGAACUCCAUGGUUAUUGGGCAUAGGUGAAGAAUUCAUAUGAAUUUAGUUAUGUUCUUGCUCCUUCUA